GACUCAGACAAAUGAAAAAUCAAACCCCCAUUUGACUGUGAUUCAGCUCCGAACAAAUGGAGGUCGGGAUUAACAAAAUCAAUGUUUUUCUCCGGCUUUCUGCGCUUCUCUUCUCUGUUUUGACAGCUUGUUUAGUAGGCUUAGAUGCUCAAUCCAAGCGCGUCUUCUUCUCCGAGAAAAAAGCUACUUUCAGAGAUUUGGAUGCUCUCGUGAUUUUGGUGUAUGUUGAAUCUGGAGCUGCUUGCUACAACCUGCUUCAGCUAUGCAAGUUUUCGAUUCCUGCUUGGUCUAGAGGAAACUCGAAAAUGUCUUUUGUAUACGUAGCCUGGGUUUUCUUGCUUUUGGAUCAGCUAGCAGCUUACAUUACAUUUGCUGCAAACUCAGCAGCACUUGAGGCUGCAUUUCUAGCAGUAACUGGUGCAAAUGAACUUCAAUGGAUGAAGCUGUGCAACAGAUUUACAAGAUUUUGCAUCCAGAUUGGUGGGGCUUUGAUCUGUGGCUUUCUGUCAUCUCUCCUAAUGGCUGUGAUAUCCUCCAUCUCUGCCUUCAAUUUGUUUAGGCUCUAUUCGCCUAAACGAUUCCUGCUCUUCAAGCAAACAUGAUGGUCUAUCCUUAGCCUAUUAUGUUUGUAAUGUAUUUUUGAGUGUAGUUUGAAUGAGGGUUUUGUGGAAUUGAUGAUAUAAUGGUAUGGUUUAUGGUAAUUUCUGUAAUGAGACUGUAAAUGGAUUGGAUGAAAUAGCUAGAUGGAGAUUAUGGAUU